AUGCUCUCCUCCUCGAUCGGUCUUCGAUUUUAUAGUAUUGCAUUAUGUGGAUUAUUGUUUUGUUUGCUCGGUGUCGGAGGCAUCAUUCUAUCUGCUGUCGAAUUAUUCCAGGGUAGACCCAGUGUAUACCAUUAUGAUACUAGUCGUGGCGGAUUAGCAGUGGAAAAUCCAUUGUGGCCAUCAGCGGGCAGAGGUAUUUGGGUCGGCUUGGUAUUUAUCGCUACGGGCCUCGUUGGUAUCUUAGCGUCUCGUGAACGAACUCCGCCAGCACUGAUGGGUUUUACAGCACUAGUAGGUACAUCAACUAUUCUCUCAUUUUAUUUGAUAAUGACAUCGAUUAUACCUGUGAAAUAUGAUGCAAAAGCGUCAGAUGAGACAAGACCACAAUGGGAAACGAUCGAGCUUACUAUUAGUUCGUUAUUAAUUGCUGUCGGCAGUGCUGGUUGCAUACUCGGAAUAUUGGGAACUUUCUGCGGUAUUUUAUUUUCUAAUAUUUGUGCUGAUCAACGUGAAAAUAUCGAUCUCUCGGGCGAUGAUGUGGAAAAAAUAUCGAUCAUUCCACCAGAACGCUAUCGCUAUGGAAUUUAA